AUGGAGCUGGUGACGUGGGAGGACCAAUUGGAUGGUGGCGAGGUGGAAACGGUUGGGGGGAUAGGCACCAGAAAAGGAGAGGCCUCAAGGAGUCGAAGUAAUAGCAGAGAAGGAGUCGAGGCAAACGAGAACAUCCCCUGGAAUAUCGCCUCCAUGAACAGCGAAAAUAAAAAGUACCUGCUCAGGAGCUACGUGGAAAAAAUCAAGCGAAUGAGCCAGCACAGCGUGAAGCCAAAGUAUUAUGACAUCCUCGGCGUCAGUAGCAACGCGGAUGGAAAAACCAUAAGGAGGAGUUACCUCCAACUGUCGAAGCUCUUCAGUGUCCACAAGAAGCUGUCCCUCGAACAUGAAGAGUGUUAUCAUUACAUCCAAAAGGCGUAUCAAAUGCUGACAGAUAAAUUUGAAAAAUUCUACUACGAUGUGUUAAAUGGAUAUAUCCAUGAAUCCACCAUCGAGACAUGUAGGAGACAGUUGGAGGUGGAAGCAGACGUCAUAUACACAAAUAAAAUGAACGAAGUAAAAAAUGUGUAUUGGGAAAAACUCAAAGAAGAGGAAGAAAAAAACGGAUUAAUCAUAGAGAAGGCUUUAUUUGGAAAUUUAACUUUAAAGGAAGAACAUAUAAAUAAUUGCCUUAACAUGGAUGUCAUAACAGAGAAUGAUUUAGAAGGUCCCUUUCUUGACCUUACAACCAUUUUGCAAUCUCGAAUUGAAAACAGCUCCUUUCUAUUCAAUGAUGAAUUUUCAUUUGCCCAUUUCUGUGAUGUACCCAAACCCUUGAUUAAAAUUCCCUGUAGGAAGGACGUAUCCUACGCGGACAUUUUGCAAAGCACAGAAAUGUACUUAUAUGUAAAGUAUAAAUUUUUAAAUACCGAUCAUGAGCUGAUUGUAGUGGAUAGAUGCAGAUUCACUCUCCCACAGAGUACCCAUCGAGCUUUCGGAAAUCGUAUUUGUGGACCCUUUUCUCCAGUCAACGUGAUUAAAAUGAAGCACUUGACCAAUUCGCUGGUUGAUACCAUUUUCCACUUCUUCUCCAAAAAUAAAUUUUACAUCACCCUGUUCACCACUAUUCUUCUCUGCGCCCAGUCG